AUGUUCUUAUCAACUAUUUUUCUAGCUAGUCUACUGCUCCUACUUCUAUUGAUCUACAAAUAUUUUACCUCUUCUAACUACAACAAAGACCAUGAACGAAUACCCGGUCUUCGACCGCAACUUUUGUUUGGAAAUUUACUUCAAACAAAUGUCCUGAAAGGUGAAGCAUUUGUAAACGUCUGGUCUCAAUUUCAAAAGCAGUAUGGUGAUAUUUUUACUUACUAUUUUGGUAAUGAACGCGCAAUUGUUUUCUCUAAAGCCGAACAUGCACAGUAUAUCUAUCAUAAUCGACAUAUCUAUGAUAUGUGUGAGUUAUUUGCCAAAUAUUUUCAAUUGACAACACCAAACGGUUUGAUUUGUAUCAAUGGCGAGAAAUAUAAACGACAUGCACGUGUUGUACUACCAGCGUUGAAACGAAACAAGGUUACACCACAAUUAGAGACGAUCGUAAAAUGUACAGAUAAAUUAAUUGCAAACUGGAAACGUGACAAUGAUUACAAUAGCAAACUUGUGAAAAAUAUUAUCAGCCAAAGUCAACAGCUUUUAAUUAAUAUUAUUCUCUUUAUUGGAUUUGAUGCAGAUUAUUUGAGUGAUCAAGAGUUAGAAAGAUUAGCUAAUGCAGCAAAUACAUUCAUUCAAUAUUCGGCUUUUGCUAUUAGUAGUGGUAUGCCUAAGACUAUCUGCCAUUACUAUCUAAAAUUCGAUCGUAAAUAUCAUCAAGCGCGACAUACGCUUAAAGAGUAUGCAGAUCAAAUUAUUAAAAAAGAAGGUGAACGAUACUCUAACACUCAGCCGAUGACGACGAACAAAAAGUUAAUAUCAUUACUCAUCUCAUCUGCGGAUGAAACAACAGAACACGGUCUUACCAAGGAGGAAUUAUUAGAUGAAAUUCUCUUGUUUAUUGAAGCUGGGUUUGAAUGGGACCGUUGA